GAAUGUUCAGAAAACCUAAAAUUAAAGCAAAUUUGAGAAAGAAAACGUUGGAAGAAGAUUUUAAUUUAACCAGCAUUGAGGAUGAACAAAAGGAAAUUGAAUCCAGAAUUCGAGAUAUUCAAGAAGCACAAAGAGUAAGACAACGCCGCAAUGGAAUGGAUGCAGUUGAAUGUGCUGUAGGUAGAGAAUUGGCUAAAGAAUUUGCAAGAUUGGAUGAGGAUCCGUUUAGAAUGAGUGGAGGUGCAAUGCUUCGAUUGACUGAUACUCAAAGAGCAGCCUUAAAUGCAGCAGAUAUUGAAGCUGAUAUAAAAGAACAAUUUAAAAAAGAAACACUUUUACGUGAUGAACAUGAAGAAAUGCGUAGAUAUGUUGAAGCGAGGUUAAAACGUCAAAAUACUUUGGAUGAUACAGAUGAUAGUAAUAAUAAACGAGCAAAACUUUUGUCUCCAGAAGAGGAAAUUUUAUUUAAGGCAGCUGAACGUGUAAAAAAUUGUUCGAGUACAAAAAAAGAAGAGCUUUUAUCUAAUCAAAUGCUUGUUGGAAUACCAGAAGUUGAUUUGGGAAUAGAAGUUCGUAUGAGUAAUAUUGUGGCAACAGAACAAAAGAAAGCUGAAUUACUCAAAAAGGGAAUAAUACCCCGUCCAGUGGCGGAUAGUUGGAAAACAUGAAGAUAAACGUAUAAAAUACUUCUAUUACCUAUAUUUUGUAAUUUAAAAUGUUCAAAUAAAUCACUUCCC